GAUGUGACUCCGGUCUGGCGAUGAGAAGACAGCAAUGGAAAAGCGGAUUCAUGCCCAGAAUUUUGAAAAGAGUUUGUGCGGUGAUAUAUUGCUAGUGGUGCAUGGGGAGAUGUGAUAAAAUCCCAUGUGUUGUUGCUCUGUGGCGUUGAUAAUGGUGGCUGUGAGACCUGGACCUUCGGAGAUUAGGUACAAGAAUAAAAGUGACGCAUGGCUCUAUGGCACUGAAAACUGGUGGGUUUACACUGGAUUAAAAUUUUGGAGGCCCAGCCAUACAUUGUUCUCCAUAGACGAAAAUUCUAUGGAAAGCCUCAACAAGGUGGCUGUGGAUCUAAGAGGUUAAUAAGAGAUGGACGUCGAUACAGGGACCGGGGUACUGGAAAUGCCUUUGGCGGCC